CACACUGAGCAGCACACUUGCAGAAGAAAACAAUUACCAAAAAUUAGAAUCGCAUCAAAGAGAUAAGUAAAAUAAGCGAUUCAGAACCAUGUCAGCGGCUGGUAGAGUUGAUGACGAGCCGACAACGCUACCAGCUACUCAAGAGCCCCCAUCCUCAGGCCCAUCGACGCCAGCGGUGGCCGAAAUAGCCGCCUCCAGUAUUCGUUCGGGAUUGGCCGAGCUGGAGCUGAGAUCGUCCCAGGUCCUGCAGAGACUGGAGAAUGUAAAGACAGUGCCGGGUGCGGGUGCGGGUGGCGACAGCCCGAAUGGAGCCAGCGCCAAUGAUGUCGAGGAGGAGCCCGAUCCGGAAGCGGAGGCUGAGGAUUUGGAUCAACUGCCGUUCACCCAGCUGCGUCCUGAGCAUCGUGUGCCCUCAGACAUACUGAAGUCGCUGGAACAACUGGUGUCCUACACGGACAGCGAUGAUGAUCCCGAAUUCCCCCUGCCGGCCCUCGACGAUGUCUCCCAUCUGGCCCUAAUCUCUCACAGCAUUGUGGCGUAUCUAUCGCAUCUGGACAGGCAGCAUCUGCUGCGUGUGACCAAUAGCAUAUCCGGCGAUGCCACCCGCUGGCUGGGCACGCUGUUCCACUUUAACAAUCCGGCCAGUAGCUUUCAUGCGGAUAAUGCUGAUGCCAUUCUUCGCACCGUGCGCCUGGCCAUCGUCGCCCGAUGCCCCGGCUAUCUAGAGGGCGGCAUUCCGGCCCUGGCCCAGCCCUGCUUCUACAUCUCCGAGAAUACGACACCGGUGAGGCUUCAGUAUGCUUGCCGCCAGCUGGGCAUCCCAGUGGACGCCAUCAAAAUCAUACCCGAGCACAGUCAGUACGGCACCAUGGACCUGAACCAAUUGCAGAAGCAAAUCCAGUUGGAUUUGUCGGCCAGUAGGACACCACUGCUGGUGGUGGCCGACAUUGGGGCAUCGCUAUGUGGCUACGUGGACAACCUGCAGCGGCUGCGGGAUGUGUGCAAGCCGCACAACAUGUGGCUUCAUGCCAGUGGCCAUGGCCUGGCCGCACUCGUGUGUGCCCAGAGCCAGAGCCAGGGCCAUGUCGACGAUGUCCUGCACUCGAUGGCACUGAAUCUGGGCAGCUGGCUGGGCGUUCCCAGUCUGCCGAUUGUACUGUUGCAUCGUCCACUACUUAACAGUGCCCUGAGUGCCUUCGAAUCCGAUCCGAUUCUGUCGCGACGCUUGAACUCGCUGUCGCUGUGGACCAGCCUGCAGGCGCUGGGCAGGAAAGCAAUUGCCGAGCGCCUCCAUGUGGCAUUUCAGACAUGCAGUAUUCUAUUCGAAAUUGCCUCCAAAUGCGAGGGUAUUCGUGUGCUGAGUCACACGCCUGGGGCACAGACUGGUGCCUCCCUGUCGGACAUUAUCCAGAGCCCAUUCGAUGUCAACACAUUAUUUGAUGCGGCUGCACCCGUGGUGGCCUAUCAAUUUGAUGGCAGCACAACCAUUCCAAUUUCCGGCAACCUCGAGGCAGCCGAACGUGAGACAGGGGGCCUCAAGCCCCUAGAGAAGAUCAACAAUGCUUCCUACUUUGAUCGGCUCAACUCCUGGCUGGGCCAGAUCUUGCAGCGUGACUGCCCCAAUUUUGAUUUUGAAGUGAUUGAGCACUCCACACAUGGCAGCUGCAUUCGCUAUUGCCCCCUGGAACUGGGCCUCGGAGAGCAGCCGCCCAGCUCUGAGAAUCUGGAGAGCUUCGCCCAGAGCUUGGAGGCUCAUGUGGACAUUUUGCGGGCGACCAUCAAGCACAAGGCCCGAUUUAUUUACCUGGUGGAACGCAGCGAGGUGCUGCGUCUCGUCCCUCUGCCUGAAUGGGCGGGCAUGGGCGGUGUUCGGUUUGUGCCCGAGAGCUGGGAGUCUCUGCUGACGGAUCAGGCCAAAACCGAGCUGAACAAGCUCAACAUUGAUUUGGUCGAGGCUCUGAAGUCAACGGACAAUGCCUUUUCGCUGGGCGAGGGCACGGACGGACUCAUUUGUGUGCGCUUUGGCAUGGUCACGCACGAGACCGAGGUGGAGGAACUGCUAGAUUUGGUUGUCACUGUGGGCAAGAGUGUCCAGGAGAACUCGCGAGUGUUGGACACCAUGUCGGAGAUUGUCAAGAAGGGUAUUGAAGCUGUCACCGCUGAUCUGCAACGCGAAUCGGAGGAGAAACUCUGGCAGGAGGGCAUCCUGCGGCAUGUGCCCGUUGUGGGACGCGUCUUCAAUUGGUGGUCCCCACCAGCCAAAGAGUCUGGCAUCAAGGGGCGCAGCCUUAAUCUGACCCAGGGCGUGGUCGAGAGCACUGAAAAUAUUUACAAGUACCACAUGCAAAUGACGGGAGCAACGGCUCAUCAGCUGCCAGCGAAUCGUUCGCCACCAACACCCAUGGUGCAGACGCCAGUGGGCGCAUCAAGCACGCAGCAGCCCGUCUUUCCCACUGUGGAGCCAGUAUCCGGAUCCGGCGAGGGUUCGCCUGACGGCCCCGAAGCGGUCCCUAGUGCAGGAGGCGCGGGUACGAUAGGCACAGCAGUGCCUCCGCCCACUCAGAAUCAUGUGGAUCAUGCUCGGACUGUCAGUCAGAGCAGUGCCGGCUCCUCGAUCGUGCCCGAAUUGGUGGCGGCAAACAGUGCAAUUAACAAUAAUUAAAAGCAAAACGAAUUAUUGCAAAAAAGAAAACUUAACUUAGGCCCAGGCACAGCCCCAGGAGCCCCAGCUUCAUGGAUUGAUUUCUAGAGCGAAUAGGCCGCAAAGCAAAUCAAAUCAAAGGACAACGACAAGGACGACAAGGCUUAGCACACCGCAGAACAGAGCUAGAAAAAGAAUAUUAUAUAGAAGGCUGGCUUUAGCCCACAUCACCAACCUUUUCCCCUUCAAAACCAACCCUAACUUCAAACGAGAAGAUAAAAAACCAACAAUUCCAAAGAUUUUUCUCUUACGAGUAUACCAAUUCGAAAAGAAAAACCUAUUAAAUUGCUAUGUAUGUAUUUAUAUAUUGCCUACUCCUAUGAUCUUACACAUUUUAUUUUAUAUAAUUAUUAUACUUUAUUCCGAUCAUUGUUGUUGUUGUUGUUGACGUUGUUGUCUCUGAUCCCAAGCCGAAAAAGAGCGAAUAAUCCAACAGAGUUUUCCGUCUUUUCCCUUCUCCCUGCUUUUUUUUUUCUUUAAUAUUUUGAUUAUAUUUUAUCUCUUUAUUUGUAUGUAUUAUUCCGAUGCAAGUACCUUUGAGAAAGAUAUAUAUAUAUAUAUAUAUAUAUUUAGGCAAUUGUUCAAUGUUCAAUUGUGUGUGGCACUAAAUUGCUCUAUUCUAAUUUUGUAAGAAACUAAAUAAGUGAGAAAAAAAAACCACAAAAUAAAUGAAAGAAAAA